AUGCCUAGCCUAGGUUCUGGGGUUCUUGAGAAGCUUAUUGAAGAAAUGCAAAGUGACUCACAUGGUGAUCCAAAGCCUGUGUUAUUACAAAUCAGAAACAUCACGCCGGUUUUAGCAGAAGGUGAUCUUUGGCCCAAUAAAGGGUUUUACAUGAAGGUUUCAGAUGCCACACACACUAUGUAUGUGUCAUUGCCUCCAGAGCAGGAUGACAUGGUUCUAUGCAACACAUUGCAAUUAGGGCAAUUGAUAUACGUCAAAAAGUUGGAGGAGGCGCGGCCGGUGCCUGUGCUUAGAGGUAUAAACCCUGUUCCGGGCCGACUCCCCUGUGUUGGACACCAUGAAGAUCUCUUUUCCAUUGAUAAGUUUGUGGAUUUUAAAGGGGUGUCUGAUUUACUAUUUGUAAUGGAGAAAAGCAAUGGCGUGGAGAAGAAGCUACAGCCAAAAUUUCGAUCUUUGAGGGCCUCUAAGAUUCACCCAAUCGAGAAGAUCACAAGGGUAUGCAGGUGUGGAAGUGGUGAUGUUGUUGAGAAGGAAAUAUGUGAGAUACCAAAAGGGUCGAGAAAAGUGAAAUUAAGAUGUGUAGAGAGUGAUUCUGAUAGCACGAUAUCUUCUUCCUCCUUAAGGAGAAGGAGCUGGACUGGACCCGAAGCUGCAGAUUUCCCACUUGUUAAGAACAUGAUAAAGCCAUCUGCUAGGCGCAGUCGCAGUGCGCAUGUUUCUCCAGUUCGUUCUACAAGAAGUGUUUCAGAUGACAAUUCAAGUUGUAAAAUAAAAAGAACAAUCAGUGAUGAAGUAGCUACAAAGUUAAGUAAAAACUCCAACAGUAGGAUCUCAGUGUCGGCGAAAAAUUGUGAGUUACCCUUAGAUUCAGUGAUGGUUAAUUUGGCUGUUGAUAGUAAAUGUUCAGAAAGUAAUAUUCAGUGGAAUUCCCUGCCUCCAAUGUUAGUGACUCUUGGAAAGGAGGUGUUGAGGCACAAAGAUGUUUCUAUGCUUACUGCAGUGGAGGCUUUGCAAGAGGCUUCUGUUGCUGAGAGAUUGCUAAAAAGCUUAAGUACAUACUCAGAACUUCAGGCAACCGAAGGGGAGGAACACCAUCCGUCAAUCAAUAAAUUUUUUGAUCUUCAAGACUACUUAGUUCAUACUCAAUUGAUUGUGCAGUCAUUGACCAACAUCAGUCCGCUUAGAGAUGAUGACACAAAUUCAGGCAACCCUGGUUCCGUCAAGGAAGCACUAAUGCUUGCAGUACAUCGAAAGAAAAAUGCAAUGUCAUGGAUUAAAGCAGCAAUGACAAAUGAUCUAUCCCCAUCUUUUUCUCUUGAUAAUGUUUCAGUGAAGGCUACAAAUCCAUCAGAUAAAUCAAAUAAAACUUAUGGUAGUGUACCAAAGGGUACACUUAUGGUUAAGAAGCCAAAGAAUGAUGCUCAUUUAGGAUUGGUCUCAAAGAGAGAAAACUCACACGAUUGGGUGACGGGAAAUGCUUUAUCUGCAGUUGCAGACCUGGAAAAAUCCUUGCAUGAUGAAUGCAGAAGGUGGUUUUUAGCUACCUUUGAGAGUUACCUGGAUGAAGCUAGGAGCAGAACUGAUUCAAUGGAAUCUGAUAGCCAAGUAGCCGAGACUAUGUGUCUAAUUAAGAAAGUGGGAGACUGGUUGGAUGUGAUUGUGAGCAAAGAAGAUUCUGAAUUGGAAGUUUAUGGGAGGAUCAAGGAGAAAAUAUAUGGCGUACUUCUGAAGAAUGUGGAGAGGACUACUAUGGCUAUGGAACAAAUGAAUGCAAUAUUCAAUAUAUAG